AUGACGGCUGCUGCAGUGAGAGGUGAGCAUUGUUUUCAUCAUUUACAGCUAUUAUUAUCAACAGUUUUGAUAUAAAUAACUCUGCGGGACUACAGUGCAAACGUGGGAAAAUUAUAGUUAAACCAGAGGAAUUUGAUAAAAGAUAAGACAAAUAAGAUUACAAGUUUGGCUGACUUUUGUGACAUUGUGCGACGAAUCAACUGUUUUGUGUUACAUCACCAAGUUGGGUAGAAGUAUGCAAUAUGACAACCACCCAGUACACAAUACUGACACUUUAUUAGAUCUUCAGUGUGUCUUAGGAAUGGUAAUACAUGUCUUUGAAGACAGUUACUAGUAUCUAGGGCUGGGCGAUAAAACGAUCACGAUAUAUAUCGAUAAUUAAUUUCCCCGAUAUCAAUAUAAAACAUUUUCGUAAUACUGGUCCUGUUUACUUUUGUACAUCAUUUAAAAAAUAAUUGAUAGAAAUUUCAGUCUUUUUAUAAAUGUCAAAGAACUCCUUACAGGACCUUAAAGUUGAAAACUGUUAUUUUGAUCCCUUAUUUCUCACAGGCUCAGCCAGUGUGCCUGUUCGAGGCGCUGGCGAUGGCAUGGAAACUGAAAAACCACCUGCCAUCUUGGAAGUUAAGGCAGACCCACAGCCACCAAGCUCACCAGCAGUCCCCCUCCUGAAGGUGGCAAGCCCAAAGCAAAGUCCCAAAUCCAAGCACUCUGCUCCCCAUGUUACCCCGCAGCCUCUCGGGGUGCUUCAUUUGGGCAAGGUGAGCCGAGAAGCCUGCACAGAGGUGGAUGCGGUGAGGAUUGUGGUUCCUCGUGCUGCGAUCAGCCGAAGUACCCGAACAGGACCUGCUGAGGGGAAAGGAGAGACUGGGCAACAGAAUGAGGAGCAGGGCUCCCCACCUCUGCCUCUGGUAGAGGACUGGAAAAUUCAGCUGAAGAAGCUGCAGAACUCUGAACGCAGGCUGCUGCAGGACAAGGAAGGCCUCUCCAAUCAGCUGCGUGUUCAAACAGAGGUAAGGCCCCAAUGAAAAGGAGUUUUAUAUGGAGAUAUUUGACUUGCCAGUACAGAUUAUUGCUGUUUCAUGUCUUAACUCAUACAAAAGAAUUACAACAAUCUAAACUUUCUGUGAAUUUUAUAAUUUUUUUGUGAAAUAUAUUGAAUUUAUUUGUACGUCUAAGGAAAUUCCACUAGUCAAUACAAUUCCAUUAUGGUCACUGAAAACUUUCCCUGUACCAGGUGAACCGUGAGCUAAAGAAGCUGCUGGUGGCGUCAGUGGGCGAUGACCUACAGUACCACUUUGAACGGAUGUCUCGGGAGAAGAACCAGCUGAUCCUGGAGAAUGAGGCUCUGGGUCGCUGUUUAGCACACACUGCUGAGCAGCUAGAGCGCAUGAGCAUCCAGUGUGAUGUUUGGAGGAGCAAGUUCUUGGCCAGCAGGUAUGAAAUGCAGUCAAAACUUAAAUAAAUGGGAUGCCUAAUCUAAUCCAGGGCAAAAUUUCAGUUAGUAUAAUAAAGUGGAAUUUAGUAGAACAUAUUUAGUAAAGGUGGAAUACAACAUAAGUAAAUUACAUAAACUUCAGUUGUUGUAAACUCAGAAUUAGUCUUUUAUAAUUUAACCCCCUUUUAACACCAGUAAUAAAAAUGCUGUUGUUCAGAAGCAGCAAUCACUAAUAAUAUGUUGUUCUGUAAAUUUUUUUUUCACAUCAUCAUAAAUAUCAUUCGCACAAAUUGCCUUAAAAUAAAGCAAUAUCAUUUUGAGGCUGUAUCGCCUACCACUAUAGCAAGUCUGUUAACUAGAUAUAUCAAAAUAUUUCAAUUUCUACACACUGUACCCUUAAAAUUAUGCUUUUAAUUGGUUAAAAUUUGUUAUGAAUUUAUUUCAGAGACAGAAAGCAUUAAAAAAAUGUAAGGUAUGUACGGAUUAGUCUAAAAUAAUUAAGGAUGGUUGUCGUGGUCCAUAAGCAUUUGCAUGUGUUUUGUCUCUUCAGGGUCAUGGCUGAAGAGCUGACAAAUACCAGAGCAGCCCUGCAGAGACAGACCAGGGAGGCACAGGGAGCAAUCCAGGACCUGCUGCUGGAAAGAGAAGAGUUCUCCAGAAACAUGUUUCUCACUCACAGGUAACAGAAGCCCAAUAGCUAAAUUAAGAUGUUCACUAUUAAAACAUUUAUAAGUUCUAGUUAAUUGUAAUUAAUACGAAAAUGUAUUUACACCUACAUUUAUUACAUAUUGAUCUGCUUUACGGGUUAAUACGGGUGCUGUCCAAGUUUAUUGCACAUUAAUGAAUCUAAAAAUAUCAAGCAGAUAUUCAUAAAAGUGACUGAUAAGGUACGGGCAGGGUUACAUACGCACUGACGGUGUUUACAGUGUCUAAAACCUGAUGUUGUUUUUUCUUUUUAUUUCAGAUCACUAGAGCAGCUGCUGGUGUCUCUGCAGUGGGGCAGACAGCAGACAUACUACCCCAGUGCGCAGCCUCUCAGCACAGGAGAACUCGCUGCAGCCAAUCAUAAGCUAGCCGACGCCAUCAAUUCCCACCUGCUUGGUAACACCAGUAGCAGCACCAGCUGUAGCAGCAGUGUGGUAAAAAGCAGCAGUACAACAGCUGAGCAGCUGUGCAGCACACCAGCAGAGAAGAUGGCUGAGAAGGUGCAGUAUCUCUGUAAUCUUUAAAUAUUGAACGUUUUCGAGUAUUUUGCGGAAAUCCCAAGUUUAACGUCUGUGCUUUCUGUCCAUCUAAGGUGCUGAAGAUUUUAGACCCAAUUUCCUGUUCGGAAAACAACACAGAUCCUUCUCUCAGCGACUCUCCUGCCACAAACUUCCUCACUAACAAGAAGAGCAUCGGCAGAUUUCAUCCAUACACCCGCUACGAGAACAUUACCUUCAACUGCUGCGAGCGCUGCUCUGGAGACAUCCUGGUGCUGUGA